CUCUUAAAAAGGACUGAGUGUAAAUGGAAGGAAAAGACUGGUGUCAUAUCCCUCUUAGCCCAUCAUCGUCAUCAUGGAUCUAGAGCAAAAUCUGGAAUCACUCUCACUCCAAAACAGCGGAGAAACACUAAGUGGAAAGUUGCGGAGAUUGAAGGUUUCUUCGAAUGUGUUCUUCGUUUACCAUGACCAAGAUGGGUUCGGAAACGCCAUCGCCCGAGCUCUCAAUCCUACUCCCCAUCCUUGUAGUAAAGCCUUCGAGUUAGUCGACCUGGAAUUAGGGGAUGCAAAAUUGAAUGCCUCUGUUACUCAAUUUAUGGAUGGAGAAAAUCUAAAGGCAACAAUGGUAAUGUUGGAUCAUUUGGAGCCGCCACUACUGUCACUGGCUAUAAAUUCAGUUCUGACUAAAAUAGCAGAUGCAGAGCACAUACCGUCUACCAUACCCACUAUCAUAGCCCCUUUUCUUGUACUGGCAUCAAAGCUGAAGUUGGAAGGUAGGUUGUUGACAACAAAUAGUGGCAAGCUUCCUCUCUAUAGUAUCCAAGUAGGCCCCGAGACUGAUGUAAGUCGAGCCAUUGCUGCCAAAACCCAGAAGCCACCUCCAUCUUUGCAAAUUCAUUACGAGCCUUUAGCCUGCUUUCUUCACCUGGUCCGUGCUGCAAACUUGCCAACUUCUAUUAUAGUCGGACAAAGAAGCCAAAGCCCAUUUAAUCAAGCUUUAAGUGAGGACCUACAGACCCUGUAUGAGAUAGGACAGCUUGCGGCAAGCACGACCGGGACAUACUUCCAGAGAGAGCAAACCAGCACAAAUUGGAUUCCAACAGUAAAGCCAGCAAGUGGUGGUGGUGUUGGAGAGCCAUGGCUUGCAUUCUAUGGUUAAAUGUUUAGGUUUAACAUGCCAAUGGGUGCAUAUUGUAGUGAAAACUAGGGCCCAUGGUGUUGGAUUUUGUGGGAUAUAAUACGAAUUGCAGUCAGCUGUGGCUUAAAAUUGAUGAAUGGUGAUCUUAUAUGUUCUAUAGUUGUGGGAUACGAGGAAGAACUGAAAGGUGAUCUAACUUGUUUCUUGAUUGAUUGUCUGACCCUUUCUAUUAUUUCUUUCAGGCUACUUAGUUGUUUUAUUACUUGAACUCUGUACCUUUUUUACUUUAAAAAAUUUUAAAAUACAAGUUGAUGUUGACAAAUUAAUUAAA